AAAAAAUGUCCCAGAACAUGUCGGACCAUGCUCAGUGUAGGGUUUUGUAGUUACCAUUCUGUCUGCCAAACGGGGGCUAUUAGUAAGUAUCAUAUACAUUACAAGCAUAAGGGAGUACCUUUGCAGCGCUUUGUACUUCUUUUUACUAAGAAGAGAAGAUUUUUUUCAAUAAUUCUAAAACGGCAAAACUAUAAGAGUUUCUAGGUGACUACGAAACCCUAAAAAAAGACAUUUGGUGAUGUGCAACUACAGAUGUAGGUAAUCCAAAUCCAUAAAACGACGGCAUACUGUUUUACGAAUUCUUCUUUUUUGUUAAAGGUUACUGUCAUUGUCCGCAAUAAAGUUACGCGAGCAGUUAUAAAUGGAAGCAAUGCUCAUAAAAGUCAUAAACAAACCAUUUCACGCAAUUGAGCCGAGCGUGCGAAAACACAAACAAAACAGUAAGUAAUCGUGGGAACACUUUCGUACUCAGUUUAGCUGAGUUUCGAGACAAUGUCGGUUCUUGCGUUACUUUCUUUGCUUCUGUUGUGCGCAGCUCAUCCGCGACAGAAUUUCCGAUGUCUUUAUUACAAAGGCGAAUGUGUACCCCACUGUCCACGCAACAUGCACCCGUAUCAUACGCGCUGCGAUCAAGAUGCGUUGUCCCAGCGCACUUGCUCUUCCAGAUACGUCUAUCCAAUAGGCGUAGACCAUUGCCCAGAGCACAUGUACCCAGUCCACAGCCGAUGUCAGCCCACAUACUCGCAGCAGACGUGCGACGAGCCCAGGUCGAUGCCGUUAGGCAUCAUCUGCGACUGGUCGCGGUGUGACUGCGACCACCCCUUCGUUUUACACCUGUCGUCGGGUUAUUGCUUUCUGCUUGAAGAUUGUCCGUGAUUGGGGGAAGCGUGUAAAUAUUACAGUUAGAAUGUAAAGUAAAAUAUGUCUUUCCAGAUUAGAACUUUAAUUGUGAUACCUACUAUUUUGGGUUUUUUAGUGAGUCUUUUUGCAUUAGUUAUGAGACCAAGCAGGAUACAAAUUGGCAUCAAAACAGUUGACUUGGUAGAACACACUCACUUGGGUGGUUGGCUUGGAAGCACAGCCAGCACUCCCGGAGCUCGGCCUUCGGCCUCGCUUUAAAUUACUGGGGGUUGCACGCCUGGGAGUCCGGGUGAAGGCUCCGGGCCGAAGGGUGAAAGCUCGCCUUUCGGGCUCGCGAAGCACAGUUUUUAUAUUGGAUUUUGAUUUGUUCCUAACUAUAACAUUUGAAAAAUCUUAUUGUGCUUUCAUUACAAUACCUACGCAUGUGCGCUAUAAGUGCAACGCUGUACAUCCAUGACGCAACAUUUGAGCUAUGUAGAGGGAAAGGGUUUAGAGAAAACUAAUUUUUUAUCAAAUAAUAGAUAUAUCUCAGUCUCUAUAUAGUCAAUAUAUCUUUAUCUUCCCCAGAUAAUAAUCCAAUAAUUGUUACAUAUUUCACUUGUAAAAUGAGGCACCGGGCAGGCAAUCAGAAUCAAGCGACGCUGAAGAUAUCUCGAAUAUAUUGGGUUAUCGGGAAAAUUGUGUAAUACCAUGGUCUGGUGAAUACGGAAUCGGUU